GUGGGUGGUGCUGCACCGAGCCGCUGUCAUGGCGGAGCUGAGCGAGGCGCUGCUUUCGGUGUUGUCGUCCAUCCGGGUGCCCAAGGCCGGCGACCGGGUCCACAAGGACGAGUGUGCCUUUUCGUUUGACACGCCGGAGUCGGAUGGGGGGUUGUAUAUCUGCAUGAACACGUUCCUGGGCUUUGGGAAGCAGUAUGUGGAGAAGCACUAUCAGAAAACAGGCCAGCGGGUCUACCUGCACCUCAAGAGGACUCGUAAGCUGAAGGAAGAGGACACCAGCUCCAGUGCUGGAGACCCCCCGAGGAAGAAACCAACCCGCUUGGCUAUCGGUGUCGAAGGUGGAUUUGACAUCACAGAAGAGAAGUUUGAAUAUGAUGAGGAUGUAAAAAUAGUCAUUUUCCCAGAGCACUUGGACAUUCCUCACGACGGGCUGGAGGGGCUGCCAGACGUGGUCAGGGACCGGAUCGCCAGCGCCGUGGAGGCCAUCCUGACGGCGGACUCGGCGUCGCGGAAGCAGGAGGUGCAGGCCUGGGACGGGGAGGUUCGCCGCGUCUCCAAGCACGCCUUCUCCUUGCAGCAGCUCCAGAACGACGUCCGCAUCCCGCCCUGUGGCUGGAAGUGCAGCAAGUGUGACAUGAAGGAGAACCUGUGGCUGAACAUGACAGACGGAGCCAUCCUCUGCGGCCGGCGCUAUUUCGAUGGCAGUGGCGGCAACAACCACGCGGUGGAGCAUUACCGGGAGACUGGCUACCCCCUGGCUGUGAAACUGGGAACCAUCACUCCUGAUGGGGCUGAUGUCUACUCCUACGACGAGGAUGACAUGGUGUUGGACCCUAACCUAGCAGAGCACCUUGCUCACUUUGGGAUUGACAUGCUGAAGAUGCAGAAGACAGACAAGACAAUGACAGAACUGGAGAUCGACAUGAACCAGCGCAUUGGGGAGUGGGAGCUCAUCCAGGAGUCCGGCGUGCAGCUCAAGCCCCUCUACGGGCCUGGCUACACUGGUAUCCGUAACCUGGGCAACAGUUGCUACCUCAACUCUGUGAUGCAGGUGCUGUUCAGUAUCCCAGACUUCCAGAGAAAGUAUGUGGACAAGCUGGAGAAGAUAUUCCAAAGUGCACCUUCGGACCCCACGCAGGACUUCAGCACCCAAGUAGCCAAACUGGGCCAUGGGCUGCUUUCUGGGGAGUAUUCAAAGCCAGCUUCUGCAGAUGGGGAUCAGCUGCCUGAUCAGAAGGGAGUGCAAAAUGGCAUCGUUCCACGCAUGUUUAAGUCCCUCAUUGGAAAGGGGCACCCAGAAUUUUCCACUAACCGACAGCAGGACGCCCAGGAAUUCUUUCUGCACUUCAUCAACAUGGUGGAGAGGAACUGCCGCAGCUCGGAGAACCCUAACGAGGUGUUCCGUUUCCUGGUGGAGGAGAAGCUGAAGUGCCUGGCCACAGAGAAGGUGAAAUACACCCAGCGUGUGGACUACAUCAUGCAGCUGCCUGUGCCCAUGGAUGCUGCCCUCAACAAAGAUGAGCUACUGGAAUAUGAGGAGAAGAAGCGGCAGGCAGAGGAGGAGAAGCAGCCACUGCCUGAGCUGGUGCGCGCCAAGGUGCCUUUCAGCUCCUGCCUAGAGGCCUAUGGAGCUCCAGAGCAGGUGGAUGAUUUCUGGAGCACAGCCUUGCAGGCCAAGUCUGUGGCUCUCAAAACAACACGGUUCGCCUCGUUCCCAGAUUAUCUUGUGAUCCAGAUCAAGAAGUUCACCUUCGGCCUGGACUGGGUGCCCAAAAAGCUUGAUGUCUCCAUCGAGAUGCCAGAGGAGUUGGAUAUCUCUGCGCUGCAGGGCACGGGGCUGCAGGAUGGGGAAGAGGAGAUGCCAGACAUCGCCCCUCCGCUGGUGACACCAGACGAGCCCAAAGGUAGCCUGGGGUUCUAUGGCAACGAGGACGACGACUCCUUCUGCUCCCCUCACUUCUCCUCUCCGACAUCACCCAUGCUGGAUGAGUCAGUGAUUAUCCAGCUGGUGGAGAUGGGUUUUCCCAUGGACGCCUGCCGCAAAGCCGUGUACUACACAGGGAACAGUGGGGUUGAGGCUGCCAUGAACUGGGUCAUGUCACAUAUGGAUGAUCCAGACUUUGCUAACCCAUUAGUUCUGCCUGGAUCCAGUGGACCAGGGUCAACUAUUGCCUGCCCAGACCCUCCUUCAGAAGACAGUGUGGCCACCAUUGUCUCCAUGGGCUUCUCCCGGGACCAGGCUAUGAAAGCACUUAGAGCCACGAACAACAGUCUGGAGCGUGCUGUGGAUUGGAUCUUCAGUCACAUUGAUGACCUCGAUGCAGAAGCUGCCAUGGAUACCUCAGAGGGGCGCUCGGCAGCAGAGUCCAUCUCGGAGUCUGUCCCUGUUGGUCCUAAAGUGCGUGACGGGCCUGGAAAAUAUCAGCUGUUUGCCUUCAUCAGCCACAUGGGCACUUCAACUAUGUGUGGACACUAUGUUUGUCACAUCAAGAAAGAUGGCAGGUGGGUGAUCUACAAUGACCAGAAAGUCUGUGCUUCUGAGAAGCCCCCCAAGGACCUGGGCUACAUCUACUUCUAUCAGCGGAUUCCCAGCUAGAACAGCCUCUUGCUGUGUGUAGUGGGGGGAGAGAGCAGGCUCAAGGCAUGGUGGGGAAAGGGGUAUGGACAGUGAGGACGAGAGCAGUGAGGAUGAGAGCAGCUGCCUUCACUCCCCUGCUCCUCUUUCUCCACUCCUCCGUUCUUGGCCUCUCUACAAAGACACAGGAGAAGACCAGAGUUUUCUGACUGAGAAACUGGGGGCUGGAGGCCCCGUGGACAUGAGCAAAAGGGAUUUGGGGGGUGGGAGGGAAUGGGAAUAUCUGUUUCGAUAGAGUGACCUCGCUGUCCCCACCCCCGUGUGACACAGCCCUUGUGCUUUGCUGCUUGCUGGGAUGAUGCUGCCACCUCCUUGCUGUCUGGACGAGGAGGAGGGGGUUUGGGUGUCUGUGCGGCUUGGGUGGGGGGAUCCAGCCUGGAAGGCACGGACCGUGCGCAGCAAGGUGGGCCACGAGCAGCAUCCCCCCACCCAUCCUCCCCUUUACAUGCCAAAAUACACGAGGAACAAAAUAAAGGUCAAAAUA